CCAUUUACAACAUCUGCAGACACAGCCUCAGAACCAACAAAAUGUUGAACUGGAGAAGAAAGUGAGGCGACAGAAGGAUAUGUUAGAGCAAAUGCUUAAUCAAAAGGUAGCAGGGCUAGUGCAGCUUCGCUUAACUCUUGCUGACAAGUUGAAAGACACAAUUACUCACCUCAAUACCUUGCAGUCACGCGUCCUAGAUGAUGAGUUGAUACGCUGGAAACGUGAACAACAACUGCAAGGCAAUGGGUCCCAGUUCAACAGUAACUUGGACAGCAUUCAGGAAUGGUGCGAGUCCUUGGCUGAAAUAAUCUGGCUUAACAGGCAGCAGAUAAAGGAAGCAGAGAGGCUAAAACAAAAAGUUGGACUCGAACCACCUGGUGUAGCAGACAUUUUACCAAAUCUCAACAAUCAGAUCACGCAGCUGUUAUCCUCACUAGUUACAAGUACGUUCAUUAUCGAGAAGCAGCCUCCACAGGUGAUGAAGACAAACACAAGGUUUACGUCAACAGUUCGAUUGUUGGUGGGUGGCAAACUUAAUGUUCACAUGACUCCACCUCAGGUUAAGGUAACCAUAAUAAGUGAAGCGCAGGCAAAUGCUCUUUUAAAAAAUGACAAAAUGGCAAAAGGUGAAGCAAGUGGUGACAUUCUAAACAACACUGGUACCAUGGAAUAUCAUCAAGCAACCCGCCAGCUUUCUGUCAGCUUCAGAAAUAUGCAGCUGAAGAAGAUCAAGCGAGCAGAGAAAAAGGGCACAGAAUCUGUAAUGGACGAGAAGUUUUCUCUUCUAUUUCAAUCACAGUUUUCUGUGGGGGGAGGAGAGUUGGUCUUCCAGGUGUGGACAUUAUCACUACCAGUAGUAGUAAUUGUGCAUGGAAAUCAGGAACCACAUGCAUGGGCAACUGUAACAUGGGACAAUGCAUUUGCUGAGCCAGGGCGUAUUCCAUUUGCUGUUCCUGACAAGGUAGCAUGGUUGCAAGUAGCAGAUGCUCUCAAUAUGAAAUUCAAGGCAGCCACGGGUCGGCUACUUACAGAAGAGAACCUUCGCUUCCUGGCUGAAAAGGCAUUCAGGGGUGGAGGUCAACAGCAAGUUGGAGAUUACAGCACCAUGAUGCUCAGUUGGUCCCAGUUUUGUAAGGAACCAUUACCAGAACGCAACUUCACCUUCUGGGAAUGGUUUUAUGCAGUUAUGAAGCUGACGCGGGAACACCUUAGAGGGCCUUGGAUUGAUGGUGCAAUAAUGGGGUUUAUACGCAAGAAACAAGCAGAGGAGUUGCUGUCUACAUGUGCCAAUGGAGUAUUUCUCCUUCGAUUCUCAGAUUCAGAACUUGGUGGUGUCACGAUUGCGUGGGUUGGAGAACAAGCUGAAGUGUUCAUGCUGCAGCCCUUUACAAGUAAGGACUUUGCCAUCCGUAGCUUAGCAGAUAGGAUCUCUGACCUUCAGCACCUUGUGUCUUUGUUUCCUGAUGUUCCUAAGGAGCAGGCAUUUGGAAAAUACUAUACACCGUACACAGAAAACCAGCCCACGACGAGCAAUGGUUAUGUGAAGCCACUGCUUGUAACACACGUUCCUGGUUGGGGUGGACCUGCAGGUUCUCUUGGAGGUGGGAGCUAUCCAUCCACUCCACAGAAUAUGUAUCAACCCCAGUCUCCAGAUCCCAGUGUGACACGAGAUACUCCGUCUGUUGCCAGUGCUGUCAGUGAUUCCGUCAGUAGUUUAACAACUGUUAUGGAAUUGUAAAAGCAAGUUUUCCAAACUUUUACGAAUGAUUCCACCAGUGCGUCCAUGACAGCUGAGCACAGGGUAUCAAAGUGAAGACACUGAAACAGAAGACCAGCAGAAUAUUUAACACAUCAUCAGAAGUUUAAUUUUUGUUUCCAGAAUGGAAGAAUACAAAGACUUUAAUAAGGCUAUACAUUGUACUGACUUACAUUAUAGCAGUUAUAUGUAGAUGAAGAAUAGAGGUUAGAAUGUGGAUGUGAUUUUGAAAUGACUUAUGUGAGUUUAGAUGUUUGUUGAAUGGAAUGGUUGAGUUUGUCCCAAGUUACAUGUUCAACUGAUGACUAGUCUAAUUGCCGAAGCCUUUGCUCUGACAUUGAUUCCUUGGCUAAUAUCAGCAAUUCUGUAACAUUGUCCACAUAUUUGGUAUUGUAUCUGUGUCAUGGGCCUUUCUGUAUCUGAUAGUUGAUACAAAUUGGAAAGCUGCACUGGCCGUGUUUGCUAAUUGUAUCUUUAAUGCUAACUAGCCUCUGAUGUUUGGUUGUUCCUUACUGAAUCCUUAUUCUGAACCACAGUAUAUUUGUGUCUGCCUGCCUAGUUUUCCAGACUUAUGUAAGCCUUUCAGUUAUAUCAUCUUCAUGCUAGUAGUCUGCUUUGCGACAUUUAUAUACAUUUAUUCUUCAUAAUCACAGCAAUUUGCCAAUGGUGAAUUAGUGCUUUAGGAUGUAAUAUGGUGGUUCUCUGAUUGCUGUAUUGUUUUCAUUGUUCAUUUAACAUCUACUUCAGGGAAAACAAUGUGUCCCGAAUUGAAAUUGAAUCUACUCCUUCAAGGGAUUCUAAAAUAUCUAAAUAUUGAAUUUUUAUAUUUUUUUGUGGAUGUUGUGCUGCAGGUUGAUAAAAAUGCAAGGUGCAGAAGCUUAUUUCUGUAACGUUCUGUCACAAGGUGACACAAAUUCCUAUUCAUCUCAGCUGCUAGCUCAGGACUUACCAGCUGCUCAUUAAAGUAUUUUUUCUUCUGCUGCUGUAAGUUCAAUCAUCGUAACCCUGAUACUGCUUCUGUGCAUAAAAAUUAGUACAAUGUUUCAGUCCUACUUCAUAAGCGAUUGCUGCAGUAAAUGCAGGAAUAAUGUGCGCUAUAAGAAACGGAUCAUGAAGUUAAUUUUUUCUCAGUUGUAAAUAUGGAGAUUAUUGCUGUUUUGUGAAUUGAGUUCUUUGGGCGGUUGCAGCACUUUUCCAGUGUAAUUUGGUUUGAUUUAAUAUAGGAUCUCUGUAUAGUCUCCCCCCCAAUAAAAGUAUUUUAUGGUAGUUAUCAGAUUAUUACCCAUUUUACAUUUCCAAAAGUAGAUUUAUUUUAAGCGUAGGCAUUCAAGUAUGCAGCCUGUAACAAAUACAUGCAUAUUUUAUGCAUACGUUUGUGUUAAAUUUUAGCAUCUGAUGGUGUUGCCUCAGAAGCACUACUCUGUAUGAAGAUGUACAUAACAUAAAAUAUUAAUGUUAUUGAAAUGAUGAAGAUUAUUUAAAACUUUUGUCUUAUCAGUAUUUAUUAGUGUACUUAUGGCUUCAUGUAAAUACGCUUUUUCGGUUUUUAUCAGAACUUAGAUUUACAGUUUGUUUAAAUGUUUGUGUAUUGUAGACACCAAAUUCCUUAUACUUUUUUUGUCCAUGGUUUAAUUAAUAUGGAUAAUGCAGCUGAUGGGCAUUCGUGGGUUGGUUUAAAACACAUGACAGAUUGAUACAUAUGUUGAUAAGAAAUGGUAAAACACUUUGAAUUCCUUUCUAAAAAUUAUUUAAUUGUUGGUACUUUUAAAACUGGAUUAACUGUUUCCAUAAAGUGGAAGGAUGUUAAUACAGAUAUUUAUCUCUCAUGAAUAAGCAACACUUACUUUAUUCUGAAUUGUUUGUUUUUAAGCUCAUAAUCAUUUCACUUUGUGACUCAAAAUUGUAUGAACUUGGGACAAGAACUUUCUCAACCUUUCACAAACAACACAUUUCCUAGAAUUAUAGAAGUUUGACAACAUACCCCAGUUGUGUGGUUUCUGUGCACAUGUAAUUGGUCAGGGAUGGCAAACAUUUUCACUGCUUUGCACAAGAUUGCAUCAGACCUUCCUUAACAAUAAGAAGUGGUGCCAGCAAUCCUCAUUGCUCUGUUACCGUUCUGAUGAACUUAAUGAGAUGUCUGCUGUUGCUCAUUUAGAGACAUUCCUUCAGUUCUUGGGUUAUGUAUCAUUAUUUUGAGAACACAAAUUUGUUUGUAAGGAACUUAAAAAUAUAUUAAAAUUAGCCGUCAUAUCUUAUAAGGAACUUAAAUAUGAUUUGAAUAUAUUUAACACAUGAGAUAAGUGAAAAUGAGCUGUGUUGAAAAUAAAAUUCAACAUUGUGUUAUGUUGUAGCUGUUUUUCUUUGGGUAACCGUACUUGGUAUUUGGGUUGGAAACAUGAAGUAACAGCAAAAAUUGAUCUUAGACACAUGUACACAAACAAGAAAAAUGCUAGGUUAUUGGUAUUAACAGAACCUGCACUUACCAGUGCCAAUUCAUGUCAGUGGUUUGCCAUCCCUGUGAUAGUGUUUCAACCAAAACCAGUGUGUAGAGUAUGUAUGAGAUACAUAAUUAACCCGAGUUCAGUAUAGGUGUUUUUUCUCUUUUGCUAAUCAACUGUCUCCCACAUGUGUUUCCAUACAAAUACAUUGGCUGGUGUCUCAUUCUUGCAGGUUUAUGUAAACCGUGCAAUGUAACUAUUAAAUAAACACUGUUUUACUGAUCACUAGGCUACAUGAAAAUUUUUUUGGUUGUUGAUGAUCAUUCCAAGCAUCUUGUUUACCUACUUGUAUCAUGACUCACCAUUGUGCUGUGAUCUUCAAGUAAUCUUACUCGAGUUACUGUGAAUUGCUGUACCCAAGUAAGAUCUAUGUUUAUUUCAAACCAGUCAAUACCUUUAAAAUCAGCUGUCGUCUGUGUUGUAACAACAUGUAGUCUGGUAAAAGUUUGCCGGUGUUUUCAAAGGUAUGUGCUGCCUUCGUCAUCAGGGCAGUGAUGGAGGCAGCAGUCUGUUACAUUGAGGAUAUCGGUUUUCAUAUUUUGCUUGUAGACUAUUCUCUGCCUGCAUUUAAUUUCUCUCUUUCCGUAUCUCUCUACCUUUCUUUACUUCUUUCUUUGUUUCCUUCUACUAUCCUUCUUUAUAUUUUAUAGUUUCUGAAAUGAUGACAGUGAGUGAGAUUGUACCUUUGCCAUCUCAUUUUCAUUCAUUUAUUUGAGUUGAAGUUGAAUGAAAUGUUUUCACAUCAUUGCAUUUAUUAGUUUUUAUUGUUUUAUAAACAGAUAUAUUUGUGAAAAUGGUUUUGUGUAGCCAGGACAGAGAAUUUUUAUUUUUAGAGUUUCAGAAAUAUAUAUAUAUUUGUAAAUUGAUGUAGUUGAGAAUAUGAUUGUUUCUUUACUAAGUUUGUUAUGGACUCAAUUUGGUUAAUUUUUAUUGUGAAAAUAAGGCAUGGUUUUAUUGGCAAUAUUAGACAAAUGCUGAUACAUCAGUAUAACCUGGUUAUAACAUUCUUUGAUAGACUUUUCUGUUCUUAUACUUUAAAGGACGAGUGUCUUAUGAAACUUUGGAUGAUUUAUCACAAUGCGUAAAACCUCACGAAUAUUGUGUGUAUACAUGCAUAUACAUUCAAUAUAAGAACACGUGAAAAUGCUUCUAUCAUGCAGUUGAGUAUCUGCUUAGAUUUAUGUGCAAUUAUGGCAUUAUAUAUUUGUAAAAAUUGCAUUUAAUUUCUACAAGGAUGCAGACAAAAUGAGAUAAUUAUUAGUAUUUUCCAGAAUAUGCAUACAUGUGCACAAUCUAAAAGUAACUGCGUUAAUUUAUCAGUAGCAUUAAUUUCCAUUAUUUCUAUUGGCAUGCACCAUUUGAUGUGUGUAUUAUUAUUCUGAACCAACAUUUUCUUAAACUUUUAUCCUAAGUUUAUAUUUAAAAUGGUUUGAAAAGCUAAAAACUUAGAUCUUUUUCAUGUGCAGUUUUGGCUAUUUGUUAUAUUUAUAUAGUGAAUCAAUUCCACAUUCAUGCUUCAUGCUUCUUAAAAAGUGAGUGUCAAGAUUAAUCAGUAAAACUUUUUCAUUUGAAGUAGGCAUACGUAAGACAUAAGUAAACUUACACCAGACUACAUAAGAAAUUGUAGGUCCAGGAUGUAUGUAUUAUAAAGUCAUAUUUUUGUAAGCCUAGAGACUUGAUUAUUUGAAAAUGUGGUUUAUAUUAUCCCUAGUAUUUUGAUAAAAUGUUUACAUCUAAAUUAUCCCCUCCCCCGGAUUUGACCAAAAUUACAUUUACAUUCCUCCAUUGUAGAUACAAAGAUUUUAAUGUAUGCACGCACAAAUAUUGCAGUGUGCUCAGUCACAUUUUUACAUUUAUUUAUGUCUGCUUUACGUAUUGCAAAGCCAGGUGUCAUUUUGUUCCUUUCUUGGAUGAAGUGUAAGAUUAUGUAUUUUAGUGUCAUGCACUUAUAACCUAAAAUUUGUUUUAAGGUGCUCCCAAAUGUUAUAGGUAACAUUCAGUCAUAUAAAUGUCUGAAAUUUGUUUGUGCAUGGUGUGUGAAUCAUUUACUCAAAUGAAGAAAAUGACCUCUUUUUUUAAUGACUGAGAAUUACUGAAUUUUAGGUUUAUGUGUUUUUUAUCCCUACGAUCUGAAUAGCUUUAAGCACAGAAUUAUAUAUAUUCACAUUUAUUAUUAAUUGAAUUACUAGUACAUACAUGAUAGAAACAGACACAAGAACAGUUAUAUAACACAUUAAAUAUAUCUUUAAAGGGUUUAUUUUAUUUUAUUUAUCUUUCUCUUCUGAAGAGUUCUUCAUUUUCUCGUACUGUUGAAUAAUGUUAUAAGAAGGUUAAGCAGGGGUACAGCAUUUUUUAAUAAAUGAAAGGACGCUCAGUAUUUAUAAGAUGCAUUUAGCUACAUUUAUUGAACAUUGCUUAUUGCUGUAUUCUUUUAUUUAUAGUUCCUAUUCACAGCUGAUGUAAGGUUGAAAUAUGCUGUAACCUUCUUUUUUCUCUGCAUACUGCUGGGUUUUGAUAUGUUCCAGUAGUGUCAGUGUUUGUCACUUGUGCCAGCUCUUAUCACAAAAGUGAUGUGGAGAUCCUCAUGUCAGAAAAUUAUUAUGAGUAUUAGAACAUGUCAGUCGUAAAUUACUGCAUAACUUUUUGAUUGUAGGAGAGUAGGAUCAUAUCAUAAAUAUCACAGAUAUGUAUGUCAUGAAUUAAUGGUUCUGCCCCCAGAAAGGUAGAAUCAGUUGAUAAUAUUUUGUAACUUGUGAUUACCUCAUUGUUUAAUGUGGACAAUGAUAAAAAUUGUUGGCAUGUUGGUUAAUGUUUCAGUCAUAUAGUAUAUGAAUGUAUUCUGUGUAAUACUGAUGUUUAGCCCUUUUACUGAUUCUGUAAACUAUCACUCUGCACAAAAAUCUACUUAAGUUAGUAAUUGGAAACAGGGUAACAUGGGAGCAAAGUCACAUGAAUAUCAUGGUACUUACAUAUUCAUUUUCAUGCGAUGUGCAAUCCUUACCCUAGUUAGCAUAGCUUUUUCUUUAUGGGGGGGACAUUGUUUACAACAUAAACUUUGGUACAUUUAUAUGAAAUGGUUCAUGUACCCACAGUUGGCAUUUUUAUUAGUGUGUACCAUUUAUUGAAAACUAGCAUUUAAGUAGUUCUUGUAUGCUGAAGGUUUAAUAGUUGAGUAACCCAUUGUACAUUUGAUGAGUUUGAAAAUUGUUUCUUUUAUGGCAGUAUUUUAAAUUGAAAUCUAGUGAGUACAUUCUGUGGACUGUUUACUAUUUUGAAGUGUACUUCAUGAAAAGUAAUACAUAUAUAAUACAGGUGUGUAAGUAGAAAAUAAACACCCAAAUAUAGUUUAUCAAGCCUUUACCAUACAAAGAUUAUUUAAAUACUUUAAUAUUGAGUGCAGUAAAGGAAGAUGUUUGUACAAAUAUAAAAUGUUGGCUGUACCAUAAAAUUAAAAUAUGGCAGCCUUCAUCUGUCAUACCAGCUGAAGUAAAUAUGGUUUUGUUUGGAUUGUUGGCUUAUGUUGUAAAGUAAAUGUUUUGUGUGACCAAGAGUCAAAUUUAAAAAAAAAUCUCUUAAAGAAGUAUCUUCAUCCAUUUGCUAGAUUGUCAUAUCAUUAUUAAAACAAGUUGUUAAUUGUGUGAAAUAUAGUAGGUCCAAUAAAUCAGUACCACUGUUUGCUCACAACCUUCGAUAUAUUUAUGCUGCCUCCAUGUCUAAGGCGACGGUAAAAUUGGGAACAUAACCUUUUUAUAUUGUGCUGGAGGCUGCACACAAAUGUGAUUGAAAUUGAUAAACAGUAGGCCCUUUCUAUAUGCUGCUAUCAGUUUGUUAUAACAAAUGAAAUUUUUAUAUAAAAAGUUAUUAACAGUGGAUCAUUUAAAUAAAUGGUCAUGCAGGAUGAUAGUAAAUAGUAAAUUCUGAAGCAUAUCUGAAAGAAAAUUAUAUUCUGAAUAUACUUUACUACUUAAGAGAAUUUAUUAUAUUUGUAAAAGUCUAUCUUUGGAAAAAGUAAUAGGUAGGAAUCUAGGAAGAUUAUGUAGGUGUUUCCGUUGCUGUAGUCGCUUGAAAAGUAAAGUCAAAUGAAUCAGAACCAGUUUUGAAGACCAUUUCUGAAGUUAGUUUGUUGGGGAAGGGGCGUGGCAUCACGUGCCCCUCCUGGAGCAUUUGAUCUUUUAAAGAGGUCUAUUUUUAGAGCUGUGCUCUGUUGUACUAGCAGUGGUAAUGAAUUGCAGGAAACAUUUGUUUUAAAACAGUAAAACUGUUAAUGAACAUUUAAAUGUACCGUUCAUGAAGUAGGAAUUAUCAUAGCAAGUGUAAUUAAUAUAUUCCCUCUUAUGUAUCUGUCAGUCUGAAUGUACCAGUUGUGAUCUCAUCCUGUCUUUAUUAUUUUUAAUAAUCUAUUGCCUUUUUAAAAUGGCAUUAUUUUCAUAUCAUUUGAAUUAAUAUGGACUUGGACUGUAUGAGAGAAAGAAAUGGAUAUAUAUACGCAGAACGAAUGUGUGGUUGAUCUAUUUUGGUGAAGAACCAAAAAGAUUUUUUGUCCCUCAUUCGUAUUUUUUGUCUCUAGAUUUAGUUACAGGUGUGAAUCCAGAAAGAAAAAUAUAAAAUAAUAAGAAAUUUAAUUUUUUUGGUUAUGAAUUUUAUUUGGCCUAUUAUUAUAGAAUGGAAUGCAGUAGAAUUCAGUUCUUCCCAGUAGAAGGUCUCAUAAACAUGCCAGUGAAAUGGAGUUGUAGAAUGUCAGCCAGUGCACUUCUGUAGGAAGCAGAGAACAGACUAGGCAAUUAUUAGAUAUAUUUUAUGUUUUGGUUAUUUUAAACAGACACUUCAUUGUUGGUGAAUGGAGUAAUAUGUCGGACAGUCUUGUGAGGUUGCAUUCUGACAAACCUUCAGUUCAGGUUUCAGAGGCAGUUUUAAGAUUUAAAGACUGUUAUACAGAAUUUUGUUCCCAUUUGUGGUCAAGGGCAGCAGAAUAUUUUGAAAGAUAGUCUAGCCUCUUUAAUUAACAUUCAAGCCUAUUUAUGGAAACUAUUCAAACAGAAAUUUAAAUGUUAAGUUUAGACACUGGAGUGGAUGGGAUGGAGGGUUUCUGAGUUGCAUUUUAGUGUGAACAGUUACAGGGAUCAAGAUUUUAAUAAUUUAUAGCAGUCUUGACACUUGGAGGAUAUCUGUUAUAUCCUGAGCAUGUUGAAUCCAUUUAAUCAUCAUCAUGAUACCAACUACAAAAUUAAUGCAUUCUUAAUGUCCCCCAUGAGUAAAUAAUUCACAUUAUGAAGCUCCUUAGGUUUUUUAAAGCUUCACUUUGAAGUUCAGUUCUGUUUUUCAGCAUUUAUUCUCAAAUGUCCUGAAUCUGAAUUCUUUUUCUACAUCAGAUGCAGAACUAUUAAGUCAUUUAUAGAAUUUAAUUUGUUCUUAAUUUCAUCAUUAAUAUAAUUUUGAUUUGUUGUUUUUGUUUGUCACCUUUAAAAUAUUUUUGCCAUGAAUAUAAUUCAAUUUUUUCUUACUAUUGUCAGAUUUUCAAAAGAUUAGUUAGCUGUUAUGUCCUGUAUUCUUGUGAGGAGAUAUGAAUAUUUACUUUGUGUUUAUACCACUGUUCUGUGAUAGUUUCUUUGUUCUUAGUAGUAUUUGUUCAUUAUUUCCUUUGUUUUGGAAUUUUACUCAUGUGAUAUAAAUCAAUGUUAACUGAAAUCUUUCCUUAUUUGCUUGUCAGAUAAGUGUCUGGAAUUGAUCUUCACCCCAUAUAAUCAUGGUAUUUAAUUUGGCUGUUGCUUUGUAUGUUAAAACUGAGAGUAGUAAAAGAACAUUGGUAACCGGUUUUCAUACUGUCUGCUGUUUGAUUCGUACAGAAGUAGUAUACUGGUUGAGAGAUGAUAAUACAUUUUUUCUUCACUUCUGCUCAGUUCUUAUUCUGGUAGAUGCUGAAUCUUUUUAUAUCUGUGUUAUAUUUUUUUUAUAGGAGUAAGUAGUUGUUCUGUGUUACUCUCAUAAACAUAUGUUUAUUUUGAUGUAUCUGAUUGAAAGCAGAGCAAGCUAUUGUAUACAUUCAACUUUGUGAUCUUCCUGCCAUCUAUUUUGUUAGGAUUGUCACGAAGGUUUAUUAUCUUAUAUGCCAGAACUUGUUUUGAGGUUGUACAUACACACGUUUUAUGUUCCUGUAUUGAAUAAAAGCCCACAGAGCAGUCUUCUUAUUAACCCAUGCAUUAGUGGAUAUCAAUUUGUUUCUGACUGUAUUACAACUUGGUUUAAUCUUAUAAACAUUUUUUUUUAUUAUUCCUUAAAUUUUACCUUGUCCACUGUUUUGUUAAGUUACUUGUAUUCAGUAUCAAUUCCUGCCAAGUUUGAACACAGUAUUAUCCUUUAACAAAUUUAUCUGUCUUUGUAUUUCCUUCUGCUAUAAUUUACAUGUAUUGUUAAUACAUUUUAACCAGAAAGGUAAUAAUUACCGUGGAAGGUAUUCAAAACAUCAACACUUCUACAUAUACCUAGGGGAUUUGUGUUGGAGUGACGGGACAGAUUGUUAAUAAUGAAAUAGGCGAGGAAUUUCAUUCUAUACAAUAAAUUUAUUUAAAUGAACUGAGAAAUGGUGUUGGAAGCACCGAGUGUUGAGAGUAACACAUUGAUUUGUUAGAUUCACAUUUUAACAUUGUUGCUUCAUGUACAUGUGUCAAUAAAGCAUAUCUUCUCCACA